AUGUCUACUCCUGGUCGCAUCGUAGAGUGGACCGCGAGCGACGGACGAAAAGGCAGACUCACAGGCACCGGCAAACCACGACUUACUGCAGCCAGCCUCGCGAAGGUACCUUCUGAACAACGGCCGGCAAAGGAGCCAGUAGGCGCGAAGAGUAGCCCAAAGAAAGCAGCUUCGACUAAGCCCGCCACUGAUGGAGAUAACUUGUGGGGUAACCAUGGGUGGGGUGACGCCAACGCAAAGAGCGAAUCGAAGAAGUCGAGCUCGAAGAAGGCCUCAAGUAACAAAGGUGAUGGAUGGGUCGUACAGGAAUCGGGUAAUGACACAAACGAUCCAUUAGCAGCUACCUGGGGUACUACUCCAGAUGCUACAGGUGGCGACGACAACAAAGAGAAGAAAGACGAACCCGCAGCACCUUGGGAGGCUACGACUGUCCCGGACAACAACACAGUCCCAGAAGAGAAUGACAAGAAGGAUGGAGAGUCAAACGGAUGGACUAAAGAGCAAGAUGAAAAGCUGAUACAGCUGAAAACUAAAACUUCGAAAAGUUGGGCUCAGAUGGGCGAAGAAAUUGGUGGUAAGACAAAGCAAGAUUGCAUCGACCGUUUCAAAGAGAUCCAACCGAAGGGAUACAAGGCCAACGAGGUCAACCAAGGGGGUGGAGGCAAGAAGGGAAAGAAGGGGAAGAAAACAGAUCAACAUGAUGGAAACAACAAGGAUGACACGAAGAAAGAAGAGAAGAAGGAUGAGGAAACGGGGGAUGAUGGCGGUUUAUUGGGUCUCACGUUUGGAGAAGAUACUGGUAACAGCAAAGACGAGUCUGGUGACAAGAACAAUUCUGGGGACAAAGCACCCGAUGUAUGGGGCGGUACUGCAGACUGGGACUUCACUGGGGCAAAUGCUGCAGGCACUGGUACGAAUGCUUGGGAAACCCAAGUUGGAUGGGGCACUGGCGCCACUACGGGUGGUGGAGACGUCGCGAAUGAUGCUGCCGCGAGCUGGGACAAUAUCGGUGGAAACGACUGGAUUAAAGGGACGAACAACAACCACAAAAACAACACCGGCGGCGGUGCCGGAGGUGCGAAAGCUUCAAGGCAGAAAGUCCCUUCAAACCAAAUGCCUCCGCGGGCGCCCGCUCAGCCCAAUACCAGCAACGGCAACAACAACAACAACAACAACAACGCCCGUCCUAUCGCCGCUCGUCCUCUCGAACUCGAAGUAAAACCCGACGAUACUUUCUCCGCCGAUGACUUGCGUCUAGUCGCUCGCAUCUUACAACAAGAUUGCUCAAUGGUAUGGAAUAGGGUCAGCUGGCGAUUCAGGGACAAGACAGGUAGAACCCUUCAUGCUGAUGAGUUCGAGAAAAAGAUCACUGGGCGUCUAGAGGGCAAAGGUAGCGAGACGGGUGAGCGGAGGCGGUAG